AUGAUAUAAAUAUUAUUGUUGCUUGAAAUUGUAAUAGCUAAUAAUUUGAGAUAUUUAACAAAAGGAACAAUAUAAAAUAUAUGGAAUAUUGAAGGAUCUAAAUGUUAUGGAGUAAUGUUUGAUGCUGGUAGUAGUGGUACAAGAGUAUAUGUUUAUUAAUGGAAUUGUAGAGAGACAUAAACAAUGCCAUAUGUCUCAUUAAGUGAGAAAUCAAUAGAAAAGAAAAUAAAGCCAGGAAUAUCCUCAUUUGCAUCUAAAAUAAAUGAUAUUCCUACUUAUCUUUAACCAUUAAUUGAUUUUGCAAUAAGUAAUGUUCCAUAAGAAAUGAUGUCAUAUACUCCAAUCAUGUUAGGUGCAACAGCUGGGAUGAGAUUGUUGUCAAUACAAUAAUAAACAGAUAUUAUAAAAUAAGUACAACAUUUAUUCCUUAAAUCUGGGUUCCUUUUUUUAAGUGAAUAAUGGGCUAGAGUUAUAACAGGAUAAGAAGAAGUAUAUGACACUCAAUUUAAUAUAGGGUGCUUAUAUGUGGUUAUCUCUUAAUUAUCUACUCAAUAGGAUGUAGAAUGAAGACUAAGUAACAACUAUUGAUUUAGGUGGAGCUUCUACUUAAAUCUCAUUCAAACCUAAAGGAAAUAUUGAAGAUGGAGUCAUCGAUCUUAUUAUCCCUGAUCUUAAUGAAUAUGAAAUCUUUAGUAAUAGCCAUCUACUCUAUGGAAUGGAUUAAGCCUUAGUUUAGAUACACAAAUUAUUCCAGGAUAACUAAACCUUUAUUAUCAAAACUCCUUGUUAUUUUAAUGGAUAUUAAAAUACUUAUGAUAAUGAUCCCAACUAUACAGUUAUUGGAUUAGGAGAUUAUAAAGAAUGCAAACGAAUUAUUAGACAAUAUCUUCAUAAUAAUCCAGAUAAUUGUUCACAUUCUAAUUGUGGAAUCAAUGGUUCAUAUUAACCUAAAAUUGAUAACAACAUUAUCUAUGCAUUAAAUGGAGUUUAAAGUAUGGUCAGUUUGUUUGGAUUUCAAAAUUAUACACUUUCUUAAUAUUCAAAUAAAGUUAUUAGUUUUACUUCUUUGAUCUGGUCAGAUAUCCAACAAAUACCUGAAUAUAUCAAUAAUCCAUAUAUUCAUACAGAUUUCUUCUCUAGUAUUUAUGUCGAUGAAUUACUCUCCUAUGGUUAUGCUAUCAAUAAAGAUUAAAUUAUUUAUAGUCCUGAUAAAAUUUAUAAUAUUUCACCUUCAUGGACUAUUGCUGCUAUGUUUUAUCAACUAGCUCAAAUCUAGUGUCAGUAUGAUAGUCCCAUUUGUAUUCAACUUAUUAAAUGA